AAGCUCCUCCUUCUCCUUGGGGGGGGGGGGGGCGAAAAAUGACUACUAUUAGAAGAUGGCCAAUUGUGAGGUCUGUAUCCAAAGUUAGUAUCAUAGGUACUGCAGGAAGAGGAGCUGACAGUUCUAAACUGAAUAAAGAAAUAUACCUCAAGGCAAUAGAGAAAGCAAAAGAGAUCAUUACUGAAAGGUUUAGACUGUCCUUGAAUAAAGUAGAGCUAGUCAGUGGUGGAGCAGCUUGGGCAGAUCACAUUGCUGUGUCCUUAUACUUACUGGAAGAAGUAAAUAGCCUAACGCUACAUUUUCCGACAAAGCUCAUCACAAAAGAUGACAAACCACAUUUCCUUGACACAGGAGAGAAGAAUUGGAAAACAAACCCUGGAAGAACAGCCAACCUUUAUCAUGAAGCAUUUUCAAACGAGAUUAAGGACAACAGCUUAAAACAGAUAUACAGUGCCAUUGCCAUUGGAGCUAAGUACAGGGAACAUAAAGGAUUCCAUGAAAGAAACUCGUUUGUAGCAAAAAGUGACUACCUGAUCGCCUUUACAUGGAGCGAUGGGGAGGAACCAAAGAAAGGAACUGGUACUUAUGACACGUGGAAGAAGUGUAGCAAAGGAACUAAAAGAAUACAUGUACCAUUGAAAUCAUUAGUUGAUAGCCCAGCAGCAGUGGAACCAAUGGAACCAUCGACUAAAAAAUAACAAAAAACUCAAAGACACAUUGAUUAUAACUAUAAUAACUAAAUCACUACUGAAGCAUUAGUAAUAAUAAUAGUAAUAUGUAUUUUUAUAAAAAGCUACUCUAAAAGAUUCAGCAGCAGCAGCAGCUAGUAUAUGACUAUUAGGUGUUCAUCAGCUAUAGACUGUUAGGUGUUCAU